AUAGUUAGUUAACGCCAGUCGACGGGUUCACCGCGAUAACGUCCUCACUCAGGCGAGAUAGCCGUGCAGCUAACAAUAGACACUACAGCGAGCUAAUAACACACAAAUGUCCGCGUUUAACAAAGUGCAUUAAUUGUUAGGAGAGCGGUAAAAGGCUCGGCGACGAUAAUCCCGGGCACAGCCGCCGUAGCUAGCGGUUAGCGGCGGUGGCUAACUUAUUGCUCGCAGGGUUUGUUGAGAGCAACAAAGUUGUUGGAUGUUCCUGGAGAGUGGCUCACUGACUGCUCUUUGUUCUGCCCCAACAUGGUGAUGGUGGGGUAGCUUAGCACACACACACACACACACACACACACAGUUGGGUGUUGUAACAUUUGUGGAUAUCACCGCCACAUGCGUUCAGAGAGUCUCCUGCAAUAAGCGACAACAACACAUAGCACGACCUGUGCAAGUUCACUGGAGACAUGUUGCACCCACUUGCGAGUUAAUGGGGUCUUUUUUCAUUCAUUUUGUUUGUUUAUUUAUUUAGUUUUUAGUUUUGAAAGUAGUGGGUUUACACAAAGAGGGAAACAAAUACGCGAGAGUAAUUGUGUAGCACAGCGCUGGUGCUGGUGAGGCAGACAAUGACAUGGAUUAGGCUUAAUUUAAAUGGACAGACAUUCAACAGCUUUAAUGUUGUCUCAGUGGAAACCAGCUCCCUGUAUUGUGUUUUAAUUAGACAUAUUUUAUGUCAGAUAUGAUCGUUAUCAGCCCAUAUAUGCACCAUAACAAAUAUACAUGUCAUAUACUCUGUUGUUCCGAUGGCUGCCAGUGAUUUGUGCUAUUUAUUCUAUCUAAUGUCAGUGUUAUUUGUAUAUCCUGAGCCCAGCACUUGAGUGAAGAAAGGUGUUUUAUGAAACGUCUCACAUUCAUCAAGUGGUUUUUAAACAAUCAGGCAGAGACACCCUUUUUUUGUUCAGGAGUUUUCAGUCACAUUCAGUUUUCAGGGUCUGGUAUUGAUUUAAUAAAUUCUUAAAAUUACUUUGUUAAUAGUAGAUUUUCAAAAGUGAAAUUAUGACAGAUGUUCUGCACUUAUUUUCUACUAUUGUAAAGGCCCUUUAAUAUCAGAUCCACACUGGUGGAUAUGGCCAAUCAGAGUGCAGGUUUGGGGGAUUUCCUAAAUGCUGGAUAUUCUUGAAUUGGAGAAAUAUGUAGUCUUUUGAUUGUUCCUGUUGGUUUCGGUGGUGACAGCGGACAUGGGUGAUCAAACAGUGCUGUUGAGUUCUCUACAGAUGUUGUGAUGUAUUGUCCAAAUCCUGAUCGAGCAAACUACUUUUACAAAUGAGUUGCAGCUUGGUUACAGGACGUGUGUCCUAUCACUGAGGCCACAUGUGUAUCAGGAGAGAUGGAUCGUUGUAAGCACGUGGGACGCCUUCGUCUCGGCCACGACCAUUCCAUCCUAAAUCCGCAAAAAUGGCACUGUGUCGACUGCAACACCACCGAUUCUGUGUGGGCCUGCCUCAAGUGCUCCCAUGUGGCCUGUGGACAUUUCAUGGAGGAGCACUCACUCAAACACUUUCAGGAGUCACACCACCCACUGGCUAUGGAGGUGCGUGAGCUGGAUGUCUUCUGUUUCGCCUGUGGAGACUAUGUACUCAAUGAUAACGCGGAGGGAGACCUCAAACUCCUCAGAGGGGCGCUCUCCACUGUCCGCAGCCCAGGUAGGCGCUCACUACGCUCCUCCACUGGUGGGGAGUCCACCCCCUGGCUUGGGGAAGGUGGGCCACAGCCUGCCAUGCAGCUGGCCCUGCGUCACAGGAGGAAAGCUCUUCUAGGGAAGAUGCUUCAGAUGUGGAUCAGCAAACAUCAGGAGCUGCAGGAUCAACGCAAGGAGAAGCUCGAGGAAGCUAGAAGACAAAAAAAAGAAGUGAAAAGGAGACUCAUGGAAGAGCUUGGCAGCGUCCCUCCCAGAAAGAGUGCUAGGCUUCUUACUCAGGCGCCACGUUCAACCAUCACACUCAUUCCUCGCAAAUUUCGCGACCCUCCAGAACGCCUACCUCCUCCUCCCAAGAAGCCUUCCCUUCUAACCCUCUCCCGAAAGGCUCCUCAGAAUGGCAGAGCUGCCAAACUGAGGAGAUACUACUCCACACACACGGUAACCCGCCGGAGACUCGCUCCAGGUGUCACUGGUCUGCGCAAUUUGGGGAACACAUGCUACAUGAACUCAAUAUUGCAAGUGCUGAGCCACCUGCAGAAAUUCAGGGAGUGUUUUCUCACUUUGGACCUGUGUGAGACUGAGGAGCUGCUGGCCAAGACCAAUAACUCCCAGGGCAUGAAGGGUGUGACAGGAGGUGUAGUCAGCAGCGGUAACACCGCACUGUCGGGGUGCCCUCUUGGACGCAUGGGGAAGGCAGGCAGUUGGAAUUUGUCCACGGGCAAAAAAGAAAGUACCCCUCCUUCCCCACAGGCUGCGGAGUUGGUCCAGCCCAAGGAGCCUCGGUGCUCCACCCGCCAGCAGAUGUCUCUGUGCCAUGAGUUGCAUACACUUUUCAGGGUCAUGUGGUCAGGCCGGUGGUCUUUAGUGUCUCCUUUCGCCAUGCUGCACUCUGUGUGGAACCUCAUCCCAGCUUUCCGUGGGUACGACCAGCAGGACGCCCAGGAGUUCUUGUGUGAGCUGCUGGACAAGGUGCAGCAGGAGCUGGACACAGAGGGGUCCAAACGCAGGAUAGUUAUCCCCAUCACAAAGAGGAAACUAUCCAAGCAAGUGCUAAAGGUUCUCAACACCAUCUUUCAUGGGCAGCUACUCAGCCAGGUGACGUGUCUGUCCUGUAAGCACAAGUCUAACACAGUUGAGCCAUUCUGGGAUUUAUCGUUGGAGUUUCCAGAGCGAUACCACAGCAUAGGCAAAGGCUCAGGCUCCACAGCUUACCAGCGCAGCUGCACCCUCACAGAGAUGCUGUCCAAGUUUACGGAGAUGGAGGCUCUUGAAGGCAGCAUAUAUGCCUGCAACCACUGCAACAAAAGAAGACGGAAGUCAUCCCACAAACCCUUAGUUCUGUCAGAGGCAUGUAAGCAGCUUCUGAUCUACCGUUUACCUCAGGUUCUACGGCUGCACCUCAAACGCUUCAGAUGGUCGGGGCGGAACCAUAGGGAGAAAAUCGGCGUCCAUGUGGCCUUUGACCAAGUUCUGAACAUCAAACCAUACUGCUGUACAGGCUCAGGUCACUCUGUCCACAGAGGAGGCUACACCUACGAUCUGUCUGCUGUAGUUAUGCAUCAUGGGAAAGGCUUCGGCUCAGGGCACUACACCGCAUACUGCUAUAAUACAGAAGGAGGUUUCUGGGUCCACUGUAAUGACUCUGAGAUGAAGGUUUGCAGUGUGGAAGAAGUGUGCAACACUCAGGCCUAUAUUCUCUUCUAUACCCAGAGGUCUGCCUAGGUACCUCUCGCUGUGAUGUCGACCUGUACGCGGCAACUAAAGGCUGCAUUUAUGAAAAUGUUCUCUGAUGUUUUCCCAGAUGUCAUUAAACAAUCACUUUAAAAUGAUUUACUAAAAAAAGAUGGCAAUGAGGGCAGUAGGACAGUCACUAUCAUGAGUCAAGGUGAAAAUUUUAGCAGCAUAAUCCGGAUGAGAAAGAUGAUAAUAAUGGUAUCUGUAUAAUGUGAUGUUGCCAAGGAAAACAAUAGGUGAAUUUGAUUUAAAAAAAUUCUAAUGGAUGUCUUUGGAUUAUAUAAAAAAAAUCAAAAUAAAUCAAAAACCUUUUCAUAAAUGAGGCCACAGGUUUCCGAGCCUGUGGGACCAGCAUAUUGGUCAAUGGCCUGAAGACUGUGGGAGCAGGUCCGACUCUGUCCUGCUGAACACAAAGAUGUGUGUCCAUGUUUUUAAUAAAACAAUCAGGCUCAUGUCUGUUGAGUCUGGAACCAACCAGGCACUCUCCUGAGACAGCAUUUUACAUUCAAAGGCAACACAGAUUAUGGAUUUUGGAGCAUUUUAUCACAAUAAUGUUGCUCAUGUGCGUUUUAUACAUAUGGAACUGUACAUUUGAUGCCAAUACAUUAAAUAUUAUAAGAGGUACAUCUUCCAACAUCAUUGUAUAGUUCCACUUUGGAUCUACAAACAGAACCGACUGAAGUCCAGACUCUGUGUUGCCUCCUGCUUUUUGAUUAUUGUAAAAUGUCACUUCUGGAAACUUUUAAUACUCAUCCCUGUGUCAUUUGUAUUUCAUCAUGUCCUCUCCUCAAGUGUACUGCUAUGACUGGAUACUGUGUCCUGCGCUCUCAGUGAACAAGAAUAGUUUUUGUUUUAGUUUAUUUUGUAGUCAUUCUAUGUUUCACUUCCAUAAAAGGAAGCAAAAAGUACGAGUUUCAGACACUUUUGAUUGACGAUGAGUGACGGAAAGCUGCACUUUUGAGGAGGGGCUAAUAUUGUUGGUCCUAUCUUUGUGAUUGUUCAUCUUCUAGCUCCUGUAUCUUCUUUAAAUGGCAGCUCCCCCUGUGGUGUUAACGGUUAGACUAGUCUGAGCCCGGGUCGGAGACACUGCGCCUGUGUUUGAACUGCAGGAGAGAGAAAAAGUGAGUGAAGUGGGCAGACUGCGAUACUGAAGAAUGUGUUUUUGGGAGACUUGGGGUACCCAUUUUGAGUUGAGCACCUGAAAGCAAUAUAUUGUACAUCUUGCAUCUUGACAGGAAAGAUAAAAUCAGGAAUUCUUCUGCUUGUUAUACAAUGUUUUUUUUCUACUCUGCUGUUUCUAUCAAGGUCUUUAGAAUUUGCUAGGUAAUCAAGAAAAACUGUUGUGUUUGAUACGAGUCAAAUGCAAAAUACAUUUGUGAACUCUUAUGUAAAAGUUGGAACAAUCUAAUGACGAUGAAUGUCUUACUUUUUAGUGGUCAGGUGUGGCCAUGCCACUGGCUCUGAUCCCCUUGAGUUCUGUCUUGUACUGUAAGAAUACCUGUCAUAAAUGUAAUGGUCAUAUGGGUUUUGCCUGACAGUAAUUAUUAAAAAGACAAAGCAAA